AAUAAGAAGAAAAUAAAAUGUAUCAAGGCAUUCUCUAUCAUAGUUUGAAUCUUCUCAAAACCGAGGGAGCUGCGCGGGGCAGCCCUUUCACACUUCGCUGCAGAGAACGAACUCCCUUUCUUGAAAUGCUAGAAUCCAAUAGUAUCAUGUGCAAAGGACACCGAACAAGAAGCUAAUUACAGAAUCUGAUACCCUAUCGAGACACUUAUAACAAGAUUAUAAGUGAUAUUGUGACCUCAAUAGCCAUAGCAGCGGCAUUUCUGGUGACGAUAUGAUCCCUGCGGGAAUAGCGUGGGCGGCGUGAGCUCAAAGGAAUGGAAACACCCUCGAAAAACGGAUUGUUUUCCCUUGAAAAAAGGAAAAAGGAGACGCAGAAAAAAGGAAAAAAGAAAGAAGAAAUGUAAAACAAAAUACUUAAUAAGAAAAUCCGUUGCCUUAAAUGCGAUAAGUCAUUCAGUCACCCAAACGAAAAAUGAGAGAAAAAUGAAAAGGUAAAAGCAUCAUGAACGAAAUAGCAAGAAAGGUCUUGUAAAAGAUUUCAUGGGCGCUCUCUAUGCCACAGAAAAGAGUGGGCGUGAAGCUGGCAACUCGACAGGACGAGAGAUAUAAGAUGUUGCAGGUCGUGUCUCCAGCCACUUCGACCUCAUCUGCUGAUCUGACACCAUCGGGAAGAACGAACGUCCAAAUCCGCGAUGGCCAGUUUACUCAAGUUCCCCCUCCUCGUCUUCGCCGUUUUCUUCCUCGCGGCCUACGGGAGCGCCCUCGAUGGCCCAGACGCCGACUUCGCCAUUCCCAGAGAGCUGGACCAGCUGUUGAUCCCGGUCUCCACCCUCGUCGGCAUCCCCCCCUCCGAGGACCAGCUGCCUUCGGGAGUCACUCUCUCCCCCAGCGGCUUCUCCAAGAGGUCGCCCAGGCGGUUCCGCACCUCCUCCAGGUGAGGCGCUUUGCUUGCUCAGAUGGCGGCGUGAGGCCAGGUGAGUGUGAUGCAACACGGAGACCUUCGAACGUGGCCGCAAAAAGGUACAUUGGCCUUCAUGAUAAUGUCGCUCCAUCUGCGUAAGGUGGACGGGUUGUUUUGCAUUAUUCUUGGCCCGGGUGCCGUCUGGGUAGCAGGUCUUCGUUUGGCGAUAAAAUCUUGAUGGGCCUUUUCAAAUUAGCCUUGGACUUGUUCAAGGAUCUAUAGAUGUGAAAGGCAUGAGACCUUGAUAUUCGCUAUUAUUUCACUAACUGCACUCUUGGUUGAUAGAUAUAGAUUGAACACUAACAUCUCCAAUGCUAGAGAGCGAAUGUUAUCGUUUUCUUACAACAGUGGUGUAUUAAAUGUCUUCCCUUCUUAUCUUUUCCCUCUCUCCUUCCUAAUCUUCUUUCUCUCCAUUGCUCUCGUCUUCCAUUAUCUCCCUUUCCCCCCUUUCUUCCUUCUUUGCCUUUUCCCUCUUACUCCUCACACCUUCCCUUCCACCCUUCCAUCAUUCCUGUACUUCCACCCAUUCUCUCUUCCUCUCUCUCCCUCUUUUCCUUCCUCUCCCCUUCUUCCCUUUUUUCCUCCCCCUCAGCGCCGACGAGUACCACGUGUGCACGCCAAGCCGCCACGAGGUGAUCCGUCUCCUGCUGGCGUUGCACGAGGCUCGCCAAGGUCGCAACAUGGACAGGAUCAUCCAGCUGUGCAACAGGCAUUCGAACGCCGCCGGA